AUGGCUGAUGAAUCACCGGCUCAACGAUCUGCUCGCCUGCGCCGCGAACGCCGCGAGGCCAAAAUCAAAGAGGGAGGCUCAGCGCGUUUGGACAAGAUCACCAGUUUGAGUGGACGCACACCACAAUCAGGCUCCCCUUCACCCCAACCACCAACACCACAACCCCAGGUUCGCGCCUCACCCGCCCCGCAGCCGGACAUGGACCCAGAAGCCAUUCGCGCCCAGCAAGAAGCGUUCUUCUCGAUGCUCCGACAUUCCGCGCCCGACCAAAGCCAAGGCGUCCACCCAGACCCUCAAGCCCCGAAUUCUCUCCAAGCCCAGCAGGACAUGUUCCGAGCCAUGCUGAGACAGUCCGCACCCGAGCAAGGACCCGGAGCAGGCGCUGGUCCUGACGAGGAAGACCCCACGAUCAAGCUCCUGAAUUCUCUCAUGGGUGCCAUGCCAGGUGGUGACCCCAGUGCCGCAGGAGCGGGUGCACCUCCAGGUCCUGGCGCUGGCGCCCCCGGUCUUGGCUCCUCGCUCCCGGCCAUCGCGACAAUGCUCGGUGUGCCGCCCUUCCUGGCGAAUAUGCUUGGUGGACUUGGUGGAGCGGCUCCCACGGAAGCGGAGCAGAAGCGCGCGACCGUGUGGAAGUCGCUGCAUACCAUCUUUGCGUUGGCAGUUGCUGGGUAUCUGUUGUUUAUUAUUGGGUCUUCGGUUGCGUUGUUUGGUAGUGCGCCGCCUCCGCCGGCUACUGCGCAAAGUCCCUUUGCUCUCUUCGCUACUGGAGAACUGAUUCUGACGGGCGGGAAGGUGUUGUUUGGUGGCAAGUCUGGGAUGGGGAUGGCGGUGCAGUUGUUCCGAGAUGUUGUGAGGGAUGGUAGCAUUGUGCUCUUUAUUUUGGGUAUGGGGACUUGGUAUCAUCGGGAAUGGCAGAAUGUGGAAUAA